AUGGACAUAGGAAAAAUUUUGACAAUGAUCUUAAAGGAGAGACUAAGUGGUUUGAUGGAAGAACAAUUAGCAGAUGAACAGGCAGGUUUCAGGAAAGACAGAAAAAGUGAAGAACAACUAGAGAAAACAUUACAUCUGCUUAAUGAAGAAAGAAAAAGAUAUGGACUGAUUAUCAAUAGCGAAAAAACUAAGACAAUAUUUGGUGAUAACAACAUGUCAAGAAACAUCCUAAAUGGGAAAGAAAUUGAAAAUGUAGAGAGCUUUACAUAUUUAGGAAGAAAACUAACCUAUAAUCUGGAUUGCAAAAAUAAAAUAGCGAUUAGAAUAGCCAAGGCAAAAACAACUUUGAAAGCAAUGGACAAAAUCUGGAAAAGUAAAGCAAUUAGUUUACAGACAAAAUUAAAAGUAUUGAACACCUGCAUCUUCUCCUGCAUGCUGUAUGCCUGUGAAACAUGGGUAAUGACAAAAGAUAUGGAAAGUAAAAUAUUAGAAUUUGAAGAAGACUGUUACAGAAAGAUCUUACAAAUAGGAUGGAUGCAGAAAGUCACAAAUGAAGAACUUUAUAAUAGGAUAUAUAUGAAAAAGAAUCUCUUACAAAAAAUUAUACAAUGA